UUGCAACUUGCAUGCCAAGAAGACGUUGCAAUAAUUGCCGAGAAGUUUCAACCCACUUCCCUAUAAUUUUUUAUUUGCGAUGCGUAUUGAUCUAUAAUUCGACCUUCUUCCUCUUCUUCUUCAUCAUCUCAUUCCAUGGCCUUUCAAUUAGGAACUUCUUCCUCUUCUUCAUUGCCAUUAUCUCCUUUCAUCCCUUCACAAAAUCAUGAUGUAUUUUUAAGCUUUAGAGGUAAAGAUGUUCGCCACAAGUUUAUUGCUCAUCUAAACCGAGCUUUACGUCAAAGUGGAAUCAAGACUUACAUGGAUGGUGUCGACCUUGAGAGAGGGAAACAAAUUUCAUCAGAACUUUUUAAAGCUAUUGAAGAGUCAAGGAUUUCGAUCAUUGUACUUUCUAAAAACUAUGCAGAAUCCAAAUGGUGCUUGGAUGAGUUAUUGAAGAUUCUUGAGUGCAGAAAAACAUUCAAACAAACUGUUCUACCGAUAUUCUAUGAGAUAAAACCAUCAGACGUACGAGAUCAAAAAGGAAGCUUUUUAGAAGCAUUUACUAAACUUGGAAAGAAAAUCAAGGAUGACAUAAAGCUACUAGAGUAUUGGAAGGAAGCUUUAGAAGAAGUAGCCAAAUUGUCCGGGUUGGAAUAUAUAGCGUUCAGGGCACAAACAAAGUUUCAGGCAUGAUAAUAGAAAUGCCUAAAGGUGAGGACGCAAUAAGCUUGAAUCCUGAAGCAUUUGUACAGAUGAAAAGACUUAGAGUAUUUAUCAAUCGUAAUGCAAGUUUUUCAAGUGGACCUAAUUAUCUCUCCAAUGAGUUAAGAGUACUUGAUUGGUUUGAAUAUCCGCUACAAUCUUUGCCACCCAAUUUCCAUGGAAAUAAACUCAUUAUCUUUAAAAUGCGUGGUGGCUUCAUCAAGGAGUUAAGCUUCAUCAAGUUUAAGAAUUUGACAAAUAUGGAUUUCAGUGAUUGUAAUUUCUUGACAAAAGUUCCAGAUGUUUCAAGCAUGCCAAACUUGGAGAAAUUGAUUGCCACAAAUUGUACAAAUUUAGUUGAGGUGCAUGAUUCCGUCGGAUCCUUGGGGAAUCUUUUUUUUUUUUGAGUUUUUGGGAAUGCUCUAACCUCAGAAUUCUUCCAAGAAGCCUCAAGUUGAGAUCUUUAUAUGCACUUGAACUUGAUGGUUGCUCAAGCCUUCGUAGCUUUCCUGAAAUUGGUUGUGAAAUGAAUUCUUUAACUAGUUUAAAUCUAUCGGGCACUGCAGUGGAAGAACUACCAUUAUCAAUUGGCAAUCUUACUAAACUUGAUAAAUUAUAUCUAGAUAAGUGCAAAAACCUUAAGCGUCUCCCAAUUAACAUUAUUCUUCGGUUGCAACAUUUAAGGGAUGUUGGGAUAUUUGUUAGUUGUACAAAUCUAGUAAAGAAGAUGGGGUCUACAACAAUGGAAGAUGAGAUUUCAUCGAAUGAAGAACAACUCCAAGAAUUGGCGCCUCCAACGAAUUCAAGCAAUGGAAGCAGUGCAUUACAAGUGUUGAAUCAUCAGAAUUGUUUCCAAUCAGAAUCAAAUUUCUUUCCAAUAUCAAGUUUCUUUACCAUGUUUAAUUCUUCAGACACUUUGACUGAUUUAGAUCUAUCGGGAAGUGAAUUUGUUAGCCUUCCCACGAGCUUCAAAGGAUUUGUUGCACUUAAAAUGCUCAACUUGGAGGAUUGCAAGAAACUUGAAGAAAUCUUAGAACUUCCACCAAAUAUAGAAUUAGUAAAUGUUAGCGGAUGCAAGUCAUUAGAAAGAUUUUCAGAAGUGUCGAGGAUAAUGGAAUUCAAUGGAAGCCACAUUAAAUCGCUAGAUAGAAUUGACUUGAGUGGCUGCGACAAAAUGCAUGAGAAGAUUUGGAAUUAUAAAGUGCCAAAUCCAUUACAGUGGAAGGGACAUUAUAAUGGCACUGUGUUACCGGAAAAUGAGAUUCCAGAGUGCUUCUGGCAUCAGAAAGAAUUUUUAGAAAAUGAAAUUGCCAAGAGAGGGGAUGAUGAUGUCCAAUUGAUAAGAAAUGAAGAAUGUGUAAUAAAUAUUGAGGGGCCACACUAUUUGGAGGAUAUAAACGGAAUUAUAAUAUAUCUCGUUACAUUUAUUAAAGAAGAUUUUAGUCAAAUUCGUUUUUUUCCUGUUGUUGAGAUAUGCGGAAUGUAUACAAAAGAAAGAGUACUUUUGUCUAAUCAAGAUGAAGCUUAUGAUGAUCGGUAUAGAAGAAAGAGUAUCAUAGACCAAUAUGAAGUAUGGAUGUGGUACUUUGAUUCAGAAUCAUUUGAGGUUAAGGUUUUGGACAAUUUGAGGGUUGAACUUCGAGCUCAUUUUUCUCCCGAUCCAUCUUGGGAGCAACUUUGGUAUAUAAGUUUCGGAGCCAAUGUUGUAUACAAGCAUGAAAGUAAAAGAGAAAGAAAAAGAAAAGAAAAAUGUAUACAGGCAUGAAAGCAGAGCACAUGACAGAAGAGAAAUGAAGUGAAUUAAAUGAUGGCCAAGUGGAAUUUCAGGUAACGAAUAAAUUUGGAUGCUAUUAUAAAGCAAGGGUGUGGUACUCCGAUUUAGAAUCAUUUGAGCUAAAGUUCAACUUCCCGGUGAUAGUGCUUUUUUGCGGAUGCCAUAUUAUAGGAGUUGGGGAGCCAAUAUUGUAAACAAGCACGAAAGCAAAGCACAUAAAAGAUGAAAAAUGGAUUGAAUUAAAUGAUAGGCCAAGUGGCCUGUUGCUACUAUUUCUUUGGAAUUUCAGGAUUUUUCAGUCCAUCCAAAUCAAAGGACAGAGAAGAAACUGAAGAAAGUGAAAAUGGAGUGUUUGAUGAAAUGUCCCAGUUAACUUGAGAGCACCAAGAAUCUUCAUUUGCAUUGUACGAGAAUUUCGGACUAACAGUCGAGGUAAUGAGCAGCAGAUUACCCACCUUUGCAACAGAUUGGGGAGGCCCAGCAGAAAUUAUUGUUGAUGGAAUCUCAGCAUUUCACAUUGACCUCUAUAAUGGUGAUGAAUUGAGCCGUAAGAUUAUUGAUUUCUUUGAAAUGUGCAAGGCGGAUCCUGAAAAUUUGAACAAGAUCUCAAAAGCUAGUCUCUGGCCUAUAAAUAAAUCCUACACAUGGAAGAUUUAUGCAAACAAGCUGCUGAACAUGGAUGAACCAUAUUUGUAUAAUGAUGAUGUAACGAAUAAAACCAGAGGCCAAUAUAAUAUUGGUGGGGCGCUCUGAUUUAGAAUCGUUUGAGCAGCUAAAGGUUUCGGAUAAUUUGAUGGUUCAACUUCAUAUUCUUCUCUAUAAUGGUGAUCAUUUGUGGGUACCAUUUUAUAUAAGAUGGGGAGCCAAGAUUCUAUACAAGCAUGGAAGCAGAGCAGAUAAAAGAAGAAAAAUGGAUUGAAUUAAAUGAUGGGCCAAGUGGCCUGUUGCUACUAUUUCUUUGAAAUUUCAGCGCCUUCCAUUCACUGCUAUUGGUGUUGGGCUCAGCACAUUUGACAAAGCAUCUGAGUUAUCUUGGAUACCUAAUACAUGGUUUUGGUGCAACGGCUACUUGCUGCCCCACCGAGGAGGUCAUAGAUCUACUCAGAUAAAUUGUGGUCCUCAAUAUGGAUUGAAGACUUAAUGCUAUAGCUCUGUUUCGGAAGUUUAUUUAGUAAUGAAUAAAUGAUUUAGAAUCAUUUGAGCUAAAGGUAUCUGUAACUUCCCGGUGAUGGUGCUCUUUUGCGGAUGCCAUAUUGUAGGAGUUGGGGAGCCAAUAUUAUAUACAAGCAUGAAAGCAGAGCACAUAAAAGAAGAAAAUUGGAUUGAAUUAAAUGAUAGGCCAAGUGGCCUUUUGCUACUAUUUCUUUGGAAUUUCAGUUGGUUGUUCUUGCGCAUUGCAGCUACACAUGGAAGAGUUGUGCAAAAAAAUUGCUGAACAUCGAAGCAGUGCCUGGAUUUUGGAGGCAGAUGAACAAGGAAAAAAAGUUAGCUAAACAAAAACAUAUCGACAUGUUCUACAAUCUCCAGUUUAGGAAUUUGGGGAGUUUUUACAACUAUUUUUAGAGAAAUUGAAAUCAUAAACAUUUUAUAUUGAGUUCUAUUCAUUGUAUCACAGGCGAGGAGUUUGCUCAUCCCAAGUGAAGAACCCCAACAACCAACACCAACUGCAAAGUCUAAAGCCUAAACAAUCAGUGGCAACAUCGACAACUGUAUCCCAGUCCAAACCAAGGCAUAUAAGCUAACUCUUAAGAAAAUUUAAUCUUUUUUAAAAAACGUUACUGAACAAAAGUUAUUUGACCUCCUUCCAUGGUUGUAAGUUAUGCGGAAGGGAGUUAUGCGGAAGGGGGCAUAGAACCGGUUAGAAGAAAUUAGUUUUCAUGUUUUUUCUACUGCAAAUUUGACUUUUGGAAAUUAAAUUCAAAGGAUCUUUUAUGCAACAAAUGGUCCUUUUAAAUAGUAAGAGUGGAAAUGCAAUAAAUGGAUAAAUGAGUGGUCAUAAUAAAGUGAAAAGGUUGGAAUUGGUGCCGCUUCAUUCUUGGUUCUCUGUCUUUUAAUUUAUUACCUCCCAUAUGAAACUUUCUUUUGUUCAUAUAGCUAAAGUGAUAGUAAGAUGUAGUGAGGAAAUAUGUCACUAAAUAUAGAAAAUGUAUAUUGUCAGGGAAGCAAGUCAUUAGAAGGAUUUCGAGUAGUAUGAAGAAUAUUGGAAUUCAAUGGAAGCCAUAUCAGAUUGCUAAAUUGUAUUAUCUUGAGCGGCUGCAACAAAAUGCAUGAGAAGAUUUGGAGUUAUAAAGUGCCAAAUUCGUUACUGUGGAAGGGACACUAUGAUGCCACUGUGUUACUGGAAAUUCAGAUUCCAUAAUGGUUUGGUAUGAGAAAGAAUUUUUAGAAAAUGAAAUGGUCAAGAGGGGAGAUGAAGAAGGGGUAAUAAAUAUUGAGGGGCCACACCAUCUGGAGGAUAUAAACGAAAUUAUAGUAUAUGCCCCUAUGUUUUUUAAAGCAGAUCGUGAGCUUGGGUUUAUUUGUAUCAUGAUGCCAAGGUAACCAUUGGCAGCUCAACUCGUGUAGGCCAUAUCGAUCAUAAUGAAGUGCUAUAUUUCGUAAAGGAUGAGCUAUAUUUGGAUAAUGAUGAUGUAACGAAUCAAAGUUAAAACCAGUGGUCACUAUAAUGUUUUUAACACUAAAGUUGAUGUAUGUCUGCAACAGAUGUGGCCAAUGAUGUGCUCCUGAUCUUGUAGCUACCACUUCUCCUGCUUCAAUGAACAAUUUUCAAUACAAGAAAAUCUACACGCUUCAGAACCAAGUCUCUUCAACCCAAUGGAACUUGAAGGUCAUGAGAAAGCAACAGAAUCGGUAGUGUGACAAUCUAGAAUAUGCGCUUUCUCUGUAAAAAGUUUUUAUUUUGGGGAGCUUGAGAUUGGAUCAUUGGCACAUAUUUAAUAUCUCAUUUUCAGUCAUGAUAGAUCAAAACAUAGAAAACUUUAGCAUUUUAAAAUUAUAAGUGGGAUCCAUGAGGUCAGAUGCAGUUUGGGAAUUGGGAUGUAAUUUUCUUGGCUUAAUCUCAUCUGAAAUCAAACAUUAUUACACCA